CGCGCGCUCCCCUCCCGUGAGGGCGGAGUUGCGGCAGUGCCGGUGGCCGGGCCUGCGGCGGCUGGGCCGGGCCCCGCUCCGGACACCGGCCCGGUUCUGCAGUGAGGUGCUGCGCUAGGGCCGAGACCGGCCGUGGCUCCCCGUGAGGGCGCUCGAGGCUCCUGAGGGAGCGGCGGGGCGGGAAGGCCGCGAGUGCGGGGGGCGCCCCCGCCGCUGUGCCGGGCAGCCCCGCGAGCAUCGCUGGGUCAAGGUCACGGCGCGUCCUCGGGCGGGGCCGGGGCCUCGGGAGGCCCGGGGAACGCCGACCGCGAAAUCGACACCGAGGGAUUCUCUUCUGUAGCCCUCUCUAAAUGAGCGCAAUUCCUGCUUUUCAUGCUUCCCUCGUAUGCUUUGCCUUGACCGUCAUGUUUGUUCCUCUGCUGUGCCUGAGGCGGAGGAAUUCUACCUUUUCUUGUUAAGGCUUUUUUUCCCUUCUGUAAAAAAGGGAAAUUUAUGAUCAUAGUUUUUUUUUUAGUAACAGUAAAUUUCAUCAUUUACAAGCCACUUAAUCCGUUCAACAUGUUUACAUUAUUGGCAGUGGAUAUGUUGCCAACCAUUUGCUUGCUUUUUGUUAUUUUACUGUUUUUUCUGGUAAGACUGCAAGCAAACUUAGUUGAUUUCUCUUGCAGUUGUUUUAACUUCCAAACAGAACACAUACUUUGGUCUCUUGGCUUUUCUUCUUAUUUGAAGGGGAGCAGACACAUAGUUGAAAAUAAUUUUUUAUUUUAAUAAUUAAGUGUGGAAACCUUGAGUCUCUGGGAGCAAGGUGGUGUCCCAUGCCCUGGCACAAACGUUCCUGUCCUGGGGGAUGAUUCUCUGAGUCAUGCAGAGGAAAAGAAGCGUUCUGAUGUAAAAGACAACAGGAAGGCGUUCAGCACGCCGUGUGCCAGCAGGACACCUGCAGAGCUGCCGCAGGGUGGAAGUGAGCCACAGGCUGCAUGGGGAGUGCUGAGAAAACUGCACGGCUGCACAAAUCUGACGCCAGAGCAGGGCUCUAUUUUUGGUCUCCUCUCUGCGUUUCUGACACCUGUAGGGACGUGUGAAGUGCACAGGAGACUUGUGCAGCACCUCCCGGAGCAGAGGAGCCGCCGCAGGGCAUGGGAGCGCAGCGGAGCGUUCUUGCUUAGCCAACAGGACUAAUUAUAACCCAGGAAUAUGAACUGUAAAUGUGCUGAAGCUGCCGAGACGGGAGCUGGGUGUGUGCCAGCGCUUGAAUGAGGACGCACCAUCCUGUCAGGACUCUCUGGGAGCAGCAGGCAGCACCGAGGUAUGCACGGAGCCCCACGGAGGGAGAUGGACACGCAGACGGGGGUACGGCAGGAGGACGGUAUACUUAUCAGAGGCAUUCUGUGAUCACUACCAGUGAACCUGCACAAGCAUUUCCUUUCUAAGCUCACUCUAGGAACUGCACUUGUCCUUGUACUGCUUGAACUCCCAGAGAAUUAUACUUAACAAGACCUUUUUACCUACUGAGAAAUAUAAUGACUGAGUUCCUGGUUUGUUUUAACUGGUGCAAUGGUGAACAGCCCCCACCGAAGAGGCGCCGGAGACUGGACCGGAAUAUGAUAGGAGAGCCCAUGAACUUUGUGCACACCGCGCACGUCGGGGCCAGGGAGAUGAGCAGUGACUAUUCCUCAGCUGUAUCAAUUCAGGACCACAUGAAGUCUAAAGGUGGCUACACAAAUGGCACUUCUGCAACUGUUGAAAUAUAGGAAACUGAGAGAAGGCUGAAAUCUGCUCUGUCUUAUGAGGAUCCCCUGGACUGGACUGUGCUUUCAUAUUCUCUAAAACCUUGUUAUCAUGGAGUAGGGAGAGUACCUGAAUUAAAACUAGGUCAGUACAAGCUUUGGUGUUCUUUGCACAAUAUCAUCUGGAGGAGUUACUGUAAAUUAUCCUCAAAAUGGUCUUUCAUGGUAGUGUUGUAGUAACAACUGUAAUUUGUCACUGUGGAUGACUUCCUAGCUCUGUCCCAAAAGCUUCUCAAAGCUUUCAUAUCAGAUGAGAUUGGAGGUCAGUAUGAAUUGUCUGGGAUUUUGGCAUCUUUUUCUCCUCUCAGGAAAUGCAGAGGAUAUUUCAUUGGAAGGUAUCACAUGAUUUCACUUCUUACAUGGGCUAAACUGAGUUGCUAAGUAUGACCUUGUAGCUGUCAGAUAACUUUGGACAUGUUUUUUAGAUGCUUUACAACCUAAUGCAUAAAUCUUUGGUAUUUUUUAGUGCCUUUUGAUAGUGAAUGAACUCUAAUGUAGGAUAGUUAGCUGAGUCUGCAAAACACAGUGAAACUUCUGCCUUGCCGAGAUAACACUUUUGUAUCUAAAAAUGGAGCUUUUGCAAACAUUCUGACUCUCAAAUGAGACUUAGAGCAAGAGCUGUGUCCCUCAGUGACUGGGCUGCCUCCGUGCACACACACUGCUGUGACUGGCAGCUAUCACUGCAACACAGCUAAUUGUACCUACCAGUUAACUUCCAGUGGUGCUACAAUAUGCUCACAAGUGUAUGUUAGUUGUGCUUGACUGCCACUGAAUUUUAAACUAAACAUGUUUAAGAUCCCUCUUUUUGUUACCUCUCUGUAACAGUAACCACACAGGACUUCAAGGGGUAUCUUGCUUGUCUUUCUGGCUCCUUAAUUUCAAGACUGUCUGUUUUAUAUGAAAUUAAUCUUUUCUUGCAUGUGGUGUAAGUGAUACGGCCAUGUGAAGGACACACAUUUAAAGAAAAUUGUGAAAAGUUGCAGGAGAGUAUUAAAUGGAAACAGCAUUUUGCAAAGUUCCAGCACUUCAUAAAUAUUUAAAUAAAUAUCCAUAAAUAUUUAGACAUACUCAAACUACAGUUUAUUACUUAGUUCUUAUUCAUCUUUCUAUUAAAUGACAUGACAAAACUGCUGAAGCAAAACUGGGUUUUUCUCUUACCCAAUCACUGACAAUUGUUCCCCAGCUCAAAAUUCUGUAUGACUGACAUUGUAGAAACGGGAAAUCUGCCUGCUCUCGUGGGAUUAACUAAUUGUAAGUGUUUAAAUUGCUGCAAUAUCAGCACAAGUUAUGCUGGAAGUCAGCAAACUCUGCCCUUGCUCUCGGCAGAAGAUCAGUUACGAACUUUUUUCCAUUAAAAAAAGAAAUAUAUAUAUAUUAUAUAUUAUAGCAAAUCUUUGAACUUGUGUGAUUCUGUUUGUAGCUGUGAUACUUCUUAAAUCUAGGCUGCUGGCUUUGCUGAAUUGUUAGGCUGCCUUUUCUGAGCAUACUUGGGGAUUUAAAACAUGAAUGGUAGUUUCUGAAUAUGUUCAAAAAAACAGCUUUUCCCUCCCCCAUAUUUUAUCUUUUAGUUCCAAAAAGGAAGAGGGAGUGUUGCUUUCUGGAACAGUCAACAGCUGAUCAUAACAUUCUGUAACCACAUAAGAGAAAUCUAAUAUCCAUGUCUUGCUAGAUCCUUAUUCUCAAAUUAGAAUGCACACCAAAUCUUAAUCUAUUUUAAAAUUAGCAUCGUUAACUGUACAUUUAGCUUUUGCAAGUCUUUUACAUUUCUGUCUUCUAACUUGAGAUAUAUUCUAACAGCCUAGUUAAGAUAUAGAGUUUAAAGAAUCUAAUUCUUGUAUAGUGUUGAGGAAGCAGGAAGUGGCCAAGUUGUUUGAAAGAAUAGAUUCUAAUUCAUCUGCUAUUACACAGAGUUAAUGUAUUCAGUCAUCUACACCUGCCCAGAAGAAGUGGUGGUAGGGCACUUGUCAUGAAGAAAAUGGGCUGUGUUUUGUUAACACUGUAAGAAAGCCCAUUGAACAGGACUUAGGGUUUCUUGAAAACCCAUUCAGCAGAUUUAAAAUUAGUGGUAGAACUAGAAAUAAAGGAGUUGGUGAAUAUUUCAGUUCUUCUCUCUAAAAAGAAAUGAACAGAAAAUUUGUUAUUAAACACUUAAUUUAGAGAAAAAUCCUAGUUUUGAUCAUGUAAACCAAGUAGCACUAUCUGAUGUGAAAGUAACCUAUUUUCAUCAGGCUAUAUAGUAUUAUAUAGGACCAUAUUGAAGUGCAACAUCAUUAAAAAGAAAUGUUUUGCUAUUACAUUAAAAGUGUCAUUACUUUUAAGAAUCUAAUAAACAUAACACAUGUUUUAGGGCUUAGGUAUUUUUUGUUCUGUAUUUAGAAACCUUAUGUACCUGUAAUCUAUCAUGUAACUCAGUAUGAGCCUAUCUUAGUUAUAAUAAAUAUGUUGAACUGG